GCUCAACAACAACAAGUGAGACAUCUCUCUUGAUCUUAUAGUCAAAUUUCGUUGCCCUACAGAUCUCGCCACAUAGUCUCGAAGAUAGAAAUUGACACCAUGAUCGUUAUUCAUACUUAUCUUUAUUGAUUUUUUUAUACCACUAGGUACUAGAUAUAGAUUCGGAUUUCAAGUGCCAGCGUGGGCCUUUGUACAAACGAGAGAAUCUUUAGUUAUGUGAAUUGCUAAUACUUACUAAGCGACAAGGACCCGGAGAGCGAAAUGGAGCUUCCACGAUAGUGUUUCGCAAGCAAGAUAAUAACGAAACUCUAUACUCCCGUAUGUAAGCAAAGCUCGUUGUUCAUGAUUUUUUGGUGGUUGGAGGCGGUUGGUGUCCGUGAUGCAAUGGAGAGUAAUUGUGUCUCCCCUUUCGCUAGCAUUUAUCUGAACUAAUACAUCACCAUCUAGGCAGUGUAGAAGGUUGACCGACGAACAAAUGCUUUCGAGGUAGUCACAAAUAGAAUCCAGUCCUUGUAUCUGAUCUGCAGUAUCUAGUAUCUCUCUACUGCAAGCAAUAAAGAUAGAAUUAUCCACAGAAAAACUUCUCCUGGAAAUAAGCUAAGAGGAGAUCAACAUUACUGCUUAGCUAGAACAAGUAAGGAGUCAAGCCAAGAAGAUGGUCUAUUCCGAGCAGCGUUGCAGGUUGUCUGAUGUGCCCUUUGCCGGUCGCGUCGUGUCGUGGAAAGGAAACUAUGGUUGGAUCGAAGCACUCGAGCCAAUCGAUCACCCGCAACUCGACCUUCAUCAAGGUAUGCACUACUACAUAACCCACUCUUUAUACAGGUUAGUUUUUCCCUCAUAUCCAGCCUAGGUGAGGCCCUCCAAUCAACACACUACAUAACCCACUUUUUGUAGAGGAAAUCAAUAAAACGGUGUAUGAUAGAAAUCGUCAGGGAAAUCUUAGGCAUGCUGCCGAAUAGAUUCGAACCAUCAGCGUCUUCAUAAGGAUAAGAGCCAGCUGUCUUACGUUUACCUGUUGCGUCAACUUAGUUGGUUGUAAAUGGUGAGAAGGACUACUUGUUAGGAUGCAGUGACGACGACGGGGCAGAGAAAGUUGACUUCUUGAUCGAAAAAAUCAUUAAGAUGAAAAUUGCAAAUUCCUGAAUGAACUUGAGAUAUUGAAUGAGCUGCAUUUCGGAUAUGAUUUAAAGAUUUCGAAAACAGGUAGAAUUUUUUGCCAUGCGGAGGAUUUGCUCGGAAAGAGUAAAAGGCGUUUGCGACCGGGUGUGAUUUGUGAAUUCUUUUUGUAUCAAGACAGCCAGGGUCUCGGGGCGGAGCAGGUUAUCGCGCGACAGGUAAGAUGAAAUCUCUUCUGUAAGAAAGUCGAAGUUUCACAUCCACUGAAAAGACGAUUUAGAUCCCCCUUAUAUUCUGCUGUGGUCACCACGCUAUAAUUGAGUAACUACCAGUAGUAUUGUACUGGAAAUUCUAGUAGGUGGUGCGGAUUCUUCUACCGAUCGCGGAAGGAAAACGAAUAUUUUCGGAGGAUGGCGCGAAUGUACCGGAAUUCGAGGACAGGCACAAUGUGAGCGUUCGAGCAUUUGAGUGGUAAUUAUAUAGAUCCCGUUCGACGGAAUACUAAUUUUCUUUCGUAAGAAUCAGUCUUCUGUCAUAUUUUUAGAAAACGAAAAAGAUCUUUCAGGAGAAAACGAGAAAUACAAAUUGCUUGACGUUGUACAAUUAGAAGAACUCCUAUUCGGCUGCUCUUACUCAGGUACAACGAAGACGGGACGCCUGGCGUUCUUCCCUUCCUCGUGGAGUUUUGGGGUCGACCAGAAGGCAUUGUAACGGCAAUUCGAGAGUUGAGGAGCGCCUCAGGGAGUAAUCUGGAUUUCUUGGUACCUCAAAGUCGGGUCAACUUGUUGGAUCUGCAGAAGCUCCAUCGCAUGUCCGGGUGCUCUAUUCAUAUGAGCAAUUUGACGGCCAUCGACGAUCCAAUGCCGUGCUAUCCGCUCAGCUGCGAAGGCUCUGACGAGGCACUAGCGAAUCUAGUGUUGGGCCUCAUCGAUCAAAUAUGCGAUCCGAGUUAAAGGGCCGACCGCGGUUUUUUUUGUAUGUGUAAAACAAGUCUUUCUAGUUGACACUUGGCUCAUUCGAUUCUGAUGAAAUACUAUUUAUACACUCAUACGUUCUACUUAGUCGGAUCGGCUAGUAAUACAUUACGGAGGUGUACAUGUUCAAGAAGAUAUCCCAUGCGUGCUGUCAUGACAACGCUUCGAAGAAUAUUCUGCGCUAUUCGUCCAUGAUUGAUUUGCGUGGAAUCUGCGCAUGCUCCGGAGCAAGUAUGUCAGCAUUUUGGCGAAUUUUUAAGAUUGGAAGUAUGUCAUCAUAGAUUUUUUUUCUGCGGAGCACGAAGUGUCCACCUUCCCAAAACGAUGAUGGUAAAGAAAAUAUAAACUGUAGAUAGCCGUCGAACAUUUUGUCUGUUUUGUCCCUCCCAUUUGAUUUUUAUGAUGAGAUGCUCCUCCAUUGUCAUUCACAUCUAAGACGAAUAUGAAUCCAAAUGAUAACAUCUAAAGUCACAAGUCCUCUUCGUUUUCUUAAUAGUAGUUGUAAUGAAAAUCGCAUGAUGUUGAGGACUCUCUCUGGAGUAUUCAUCAUGAUGUGCGGAGUCUUUUUUUUGUCUUUCGAAGAAGUACAAGGAGUCUGUUCGCUCUAGUGGCUGCGUCUGCUCCCUCGAGCCAUCGGCACUCCACUAGUAUGAGUAAUUGAUUCCUACUUGUUUGUCAUGGUGGUCCUACGGCCUUUUUUUUCUGACUAAUGAUAGAUCUUUUUCCGGAUCGGAUGAUGCGUUCAUCCUUUCACGGCUGAUGCGAAUAUCGCAGCAUUUCUCUCCUGUCAAGCGGUAACACAUCUAAAAACUGUGUACGGGAUCUUUCAUUUUCUUCAAUCAUCAAGUUCAUUCAGCAUUGGCAUAGAUAUUUCGUUUUGAAGUUAAUUGUUUAAUAUAGAAGAUAAAAUAUUCAGUGUGAAAGAAGGGAUCGCUCAUCAGGAGUCCGGGCCUCUUCGAUGCCAGUCGAUAUCCUUCACAGACAUGACGUUCAUGCGGAGUUCGCUUAGAACCAGGAAGGCAAUCUCUCACAACUUUUCAUAUGCAGCUGCUGCCCAUAUUUAUAUAAUAUCAUUCUCAUGAGAAAAUGACACCCUGAGAAGUGGAGUGUUACCUCGACAGUGUGUUUGUGUCUUUUUGCUGGAGCAGAACAAGAAUAUGUUGAUGAAGAAACGGAGAAAAUAGGCGUGUUGCUUUUAACGUAGUACAGACAAAGAGCACCGGAUCUGAUGCUUGACAUG